AAUGAAUUUCAUAAAUAAAAUACACUCAAGUGAUUAUUUAUUUGCAAUUAUGUGUGACUUAAACAAAAGAUCAAUGAUAUUAUAAAAAAAAACCGGGUAGCGUCAGUAUCGAACUCAAACUAAAAUCAAUUGACCUGUCAUUGUGUCGACUAAAGAUAUGUCUAAUUAAACUUACAUCAACUGUAUUAUUUUGGAUAUUUGAUAUUUUAUUAAUAAAAUGGCAAGUCCGUCGCCACAGAGUAGUCCAAUGCCACCGCCUCAGGCGCCUAGUCCUAUGGGACCGCCAUCACAAAGUCCAGCACCACCACAAUCACCGCACAGUCCUUAUCAAACGGGACCCGCACAACAUGGAGGUCAUAUGAAUGGACCACCACCACCGUCACAUGGAAUGCCACCAUCAGGAGGACAUAUGGGUGGGUCAAUGGGUCAAGGACCUCCUGGUAAUAAUCCGCAAGGUGGACAUCCGGGUAUGCAAGGAUCCGGAGGACCACAACAUCCAUCUAUUGGUGUUCCCCAUUCACCUGGUGGACCACAUAUGAAUGCUCAAUCUCAUCCAGGUAUGCCACCUAAUGGUCAUCCACAUGGGCCACAAGGACCUCCGCAUCCUGGAAUGCAUGGACAACAUGGCACUCCGCCACCAGGACACCACAAUAUGGGGCCAGGUAGUGGGCCCCCACCACAUCAUGUAGGCCCACAAAUGCAUGGUGGUCCGCCAGGUCACCCAGGGCCUGGACCACAUCCGGGCCAUCCCCCACAAGGUAUGCAAGGACCUCCACAUCCAGGAACACCACCACAGGGCCAUCAUGGUCCACCACCACCACAAGGACCACAUGGACCACCACAAGGACCUCAUGUAGGACAGCAUGGACCGCCUCAAGGUCCACACGGAGGCCAACAAGGUCCACAUGUUGGUCCUCCUGGCCCCCAUGGUGGACCUCCCGGACCACAUGGAGGUCCACCGGGGCCACAUGGAGGACCACCAGGAUCCCAUGGAGGUCCACCGGGUUCACACUCAGGGCCUAGUGGCCCUGGACCACAUGGUGCUCCACCAGGACCUCAUGGACCUCCACAUCAAGGUCCACCUGGCAGUCAUCCAAUGCCACAUCCUGGUCACCCAGGUACUCCACCACAAUCGCAUCCUGGCGGAUUACCUUCACAUCCUGGAAUGCCAAGUCAUAUGCAACAAGGGCAUCAAGGCGGUCCACCACAGAAUCAUCCAGGAAUGCCGCCACAAGGACACCCUGGUGGUCCACCACCACAAGGGCAUCCUGGUGGGCCACCUCCACCACAAGGACAUCCAGGAAUGCCUCCUGGGCCUGGUGGUCCACCACCACAUGGUAUGCCACCGGGUAUGCCACAACAAGGAGGACAAAAUUAUCCGGGACAUCCAAUGACACCAAUUGGUCAUCCACCACAGGGACAGAAUCCAUCUGGUCCAACAAGUGGCCCACCACAAGGACCACCUCCAAUGCCAGGACAAAAUCAAGGACAAGAAAAUCUAAAUGCACUGCAACGUGCAAUUGAUUCAAUGGAAGAAAAAGGUUUACAAGAAGAUCCUCGCUAUUCACAGUUAAUUGCGUUACGUGCUCGAUCCAAUGGAAAUGGUCCACCUGAUCCAAAUAAACCACAUUGUUUUAAUUCCAAUCAAUUACAACAAUUACGUGUACAAAUUAUGGCGUACCGAUUACUUGCCCGAAAUCAACCACUUACACAACAAUUAGCAAUGGCUGUACAAGGAAAACGUCCUGAUGGCCCCCCUCAAUGUCCGACACCACCUCCAUCGUCUCCGUUUCAACCAGGAAGUACACAAGUAAAUAAUAAAGACUCAUCGCCAGCUAGUGGAGGUGCAGGCGGGCCUGGUCCAGGGCCUGGACCUGGAGAACCACCAAUGAGUGGUAAUAGUGGUAAUGGCCCACCACCACCUGGUCCACCAGGAGGCCUUCCAGAUGAACCAACAUCAAUGAGACCUCCAGGCCCCCCUGGUCCACAAGGUCCACCUACAGGACCACCAGGAGGUCCUCCUCAAGGUCCACCAGGUCCUCCAAUGCAAGGACCAUGUGGACCACCACCAAUGCUACCACAACAAUCUCAACAAUUACCACCAACAUCACAAGGACCGCCAAUGUUGCCACAUCCACCAAACGCAGGUCCUCCACCAUCAAUGCAACAAUUACAACAACAACCACCUCUGCCACCACUUCAACAGCCACCACCGCAGAAUUCGCAAAUGCCGAAUCUCCCAAUGGCACCAAUGCAACAGCCAAAUGGAGGGAAAAUGCCACCACAAAAUUUACCGCCAACGUCAAUGGCUAGUGGUCCACAACAACGACCACAAGGACAACCACCCGCCACACAACCACAACCAAAACAAAAUCGUAUUACAUCUGUACCAAAACCAGUUGGUAUUGACCCAUUAAUUAUAUUACAAGAACGAGAACAUCGAAUACAAGCGCGCAUUGCGCAUCGGAUACAAUUCCUAGAUCAAUUACCAACAAAUAUGGCUGAAGAUGUUCGAUUACAAGCUGAAAUUGAACUUAGAGCAUUAAGAUGUUUAAACUUUCAACGGCAGUUACGACAAGAGAUUGUAAGUUGUACACGACGUGAUACCACAUUAGAAACCGCAAUUAACGUAAAGGCAUACAAGCGAACAAAACGACAAGGCUUACGAGAAGCACGUGCUACUGAAAAACUAGAAAAACAACAAAAAUUAGAGGCAGAACGGAAAAGACGACAAAAACAUCAAGAAUUCUUAUCUUCUGUGUUACAACAUGGCAAAGAUUUCAAAGAAUUCCAUCGUAAUAAUCAAGCUAAAUUAGUACGAUUAAAUAAGGCCGUUAUGAAUUAUCAUGCAAAUGCGGAACGUGAACAGAAGAAAGAACAGGAACGUAUUGAAAAAGAACGUAUGAGACGUUUAAUGGCUGAAGAUGAAGAAGGUUACCGAAAAUUGAUUGAUCAAAAGAAAGAUAAACGUUUAGCUUUCUUACUAUCCCAAACUGACGAAUAUAUCGGUAAUUUAACUGAGAUGGUGAAACAACAUAAAAUGGAACAGAAACGUAAGCAACAAGAAGAGCAAAAACGUAAGCGUAAACGUAAAAAAUUGAAUACUGGCGAAACAAAUGGUGAACAACAAGCCGAUGGCGAAGAGUCACAAGAUAGUGAUGGUCGUGUAACUGUACUUGAAACAGCCACUGGACGUACGCUAACUGGUGAAGAAGCACCUCUGCUCAGUCAACUACAAUCUUGGCUUGAAUCACAUCCUGGAUGGGAAGCUGUAGAAAGCGAAAGUGAUAGUGACAGUGACGGUGAAGGUGAUGGUGAAAAUAAUGAGGAAAAUAGGAAAGGUGAUGGUGAAGCUUCUACAGAGGAAGAUAAAGCGAAAACUAUUAUUAAAAAAGCUAAAGUUGAAGAUGAUGAAUAUAAAAAUCCAACUGAAGAGCAAACUUACUAUAGUAUUGCACACACUGUACAUGAAAUAGUAACUGAACAAGCCUCCAUAAUGGUAAAUGGUAACCUAAAAGAAUAUCAAAUUAAGGGUUUAGAAUGGUUAGUUUCAUUAUUUAAUAAUAAUUUAAAUGGCAUAUUAGCGGAUGAAAUGGGUUUGGGUAAAACAAUUCAAACAAUUGCACUUGUAACAUAUUUAAUGGAAAAGAAAAAAGUAAAUGGUCCAUUUUUAAUUAUUGUACCAUUAUCAACAUUGUCGAAUUGGGUAUUGGAAUUUGAAAAAUGGGCACCCAGUGUCAUUGUGGUAUCAUACAAAGGUUCACCAGCUGGUCGACGACAAAUUCAAAGCCAAAUGCGAUCAACUAAAUUUAAUGUAUUAUUAACAACGUAUGAAUAUGUAAUUAAGGAUAAAGGUGUUUUAGCUAAGUUACAAUGGAAGUACAUGAUAAUCGAUGAAGGUCAUCGUAUGAAGAAUCAUCACUGUAAAUUAACCCAAGUAUUAAAUACGCAUUACUUAGCCCCACAUCGAUUGCUUUUAACCGGUACACCAUUACAAAAUAAAUUACCAGAAUUAUGGGCUCUACUGAACUUUUUAUUACCAUCAAUUUUCAAGUCAUGUUCAACAUUUGAACAAUGGUUUAAUGCUCCAUUUGCUACCACCGGUGAAAAAGUGGAAUUAAAUGAAGAAGAAACUAUACUUAUUAUCCGUCGUUUGCAUAAAGUAUUACGGCCAUUCUUGUUACGACGUCUCAAGAAGGAAGUCGAAUCUCAAUUACCUGACAAAGUUGAAUAUAUUGUUAAGUGUGAUAUGUCUGCAUUACAACGUGUAUUGUACAAACAUAUGCAAAGUAAAGGUGUACUAUUAACAGACGGUUCGGAACGGGGUAACAAAGGAAAAGGUGGCGCUAAAGCGUUAAUGAACACUAUUGUGCAGCUACGUAAAUUAUGUAAUCAUCCGUUUAUGUUCCAAGCAAUUGAAGAGAAAUAUUGUGAUCAUUUGGGUAUGCCAUCGGGUGUUGUGACCGGUCCAGAUUUGUUCCGUGCCUCUGGUAAAUUUGAACUAUUAGAUCGAAUAUUACCAAAGUUAAAGGCCACAAACCAUCGUGUUCUACUGUUUUGUCAAAUGACACAACUAAUGAGUAUCAUGGAAGACUAUUUAAAUUGGCGUGGUUUUAUGUAUUUAAGGUUGGACGGUAUGACCAAAGCGGAAGAUCGUGGUGACUUACUUAAAAAAUUUAACGCUAAAGAUAGUGAAUACUUUUUGUUUGUGUUAUCAACUCGUGCGGGUGGACUUGGUUUAAAUUUACAAUCGGCUGACACGGUUAUUAUAUUUGAUUCCGAUUGGAAUCCUCAUCAAGAUUUACAAGCGCAAGAUCGUGCUCAUCGUAUUGGACAAAAGAAUGAAGUGCGUGUGUUACGAUUAAUGACUGUGAACUCAGUGGAAGAACGUAUUUUAGCAGCAGCUAGAUAUAAGUUGAAUAUGGAUGAAAAAGUUAUUCAAGCGGGUAUGUUUGAUCAAAAAUCAACGGGUAGUGAACGGCAGCAAUUCUUACAAAGUAUCCUUCAUCAGGACGAUGCUGAAGAAGAAGAAGAAAAUGAGGUUCCAGACGAUGAGACUGUAAAUCAAAUGAUUGCGAGAAGUGAAGAAGAAUUUCAACAAUUUCAAAGAAUGGAUUUGGAGCGACGGAGAGAGGAUUCUAAAUUGGGCUCAGCCCGAAAAGGGCGGUUAUUGGAAGAAAGUGAACUGCCAGAUUGGCUUGUUAAGGAAGAAGACGAAGUUGAACGAUGGGCAUAUGAAGAGAGUCAAGAUGAGACAAGUUUCUUGGGGCGUGGUACACGUCAACGGAAAGAAGUUGAUUAUACGGACAGUCUUACAGAGAAAGAAUGGUUAAAAGCAAUAGACGAAGGUGGUGAUUAUGAAGAGGAAGAAGAAGAAGAGGAAGAGAAAGUGAAAAAGAAACGUGGCCGUAAACGAGGUCGUUCGAAGCGUGGUGAUGAUUCGGAUCCAGAAGUAUCUAUUCCAAAUUUAGCAAAGAAACGAAGGACAAAUGAUAAAAAUUCUUCGUAUUCUAAUAAAUCAGAUCAAAGACUAAAGAAACAAUUACGGAAAAUUAUGGAUAAUGUAGUUAAAUAUACAGAUAGUAAAGAAGGCCGUUUACUAAGUGAACCUUUUAUGAAGUUACCCUCUAGGGGAAAAUUCCCAGACUAUUAUGAAAUAAUUAAGAAACCAUUAGAUAUUAAAAAAAUAUUACAAAGAAUAGAUGAAGGGAAGUACUCAGACGUUGCUGAAUUAGAAAAAGAUUUUAUGCAAUUAUGCCAUAAUGCACAAGUAUAUAAUAAAGAAACAUCCCUAAUAUAUGAAGAUAGUGUUGUACUGCAAACAGUAUUUAAAAAUGCCCGUCAAAAUGUGGAAUCAGAAGGUGAAUCUGAUAACGAGGAAGAAAAUAAAUCACGUGAUGCAGUAGACGAUGAAAAUCAAUCCGAUGAAGAUUCAACAGUAAAAAUGAAAAUAAAAAUUUCCAAAUCAUCAAGUCGAAAAUCAACAAGUAAUCGUCGUAAACGAAACACGAAAAAGUACAUAUCGGAUGAUGAUGAUGAUGAUAUAGAUUAAAAAAAAAGAAUCAAAUAAAGAAUCAAAGACAACCUCUGUGGUUUUUAUUAUUCAAAAAUAAUAAUAAUUGUACAUGUAUGUAUGGAGAAUGCUGGACUAUUUUACUAUAUUCAUUCUAAUCUUCUUUAGAGAGAACUCGACUCGCUCAUUUUCUGUCUACCCAUUCUUUAAUCCCAUUACUAUAUUUCUAUAUUAAAAUAUAUUUCCUUAAUAAACUAAAUCUUCUACUUCUGAUGUUGAUUA